AUGAGAACAGGAUUAUUAAUUUGCCUGAUAUUAGGAGUGUUGAGCGUUGAACUCAAUAUGGAGAGACAUUCAGAAGAAGUUUUGGCCAAAUUAAGAGAAUCUAAAUGGGCUUCUUUCAUAGUUGACUUCGCAGAAGUAGAAUUGGGAAGUGGAGGAGCCUUAACAGAAUUGGUUGAAGCUAUCAAUUAAUUGAUUGACUAAUUAGAGGAGGAAUUAGAUGACAUUCAUCAUGCUUACUCUAGAAGAACAGAUGAACAUAAUAGAGAUGUCACAAGAUAUGAAUAAGAAAUUUAAGAUGCUGAUAGAGGUUAAUGUUUAAAUAAUAUUAUUAGAUAUUUUCAACGGAGAAGACUUCAUUGAUAACGUUCUCAUUCCAUAAAAAUAAAGAUUCCAAGAUGCUCUUGCUCAAUUGAAAACCAACAUUGAGGAAAACAGAAGAAUUCUUGAUUCAGAAACAGUCAACAGAAAGAAAUAACAUGAGUAAUUCUUAUCCAACAUAGCUGAAAUUAAUGAAGCUAUUGGUGCUGUCGAUGAAUCCUUAGGAUUACUUUCUUAAAUUACUAACCCAUCACUCGUCUAAUUCAAGAGAGUGUAAACCAAUUUAGGUAGAAUCCAAACUUCAUUCUAAAACCAUUCUUCAUUUGCUCCAAUUAUCAAAGCCUUACUUGAAUUAGCAACAGAAUAAAACUUCGCUGAUUAAGGAUCAGUUUCAUAAUUGGUUAAAAUCUUUAAUGAAUUGAGAGUUUAAUUUGUUGAUACAUUAAACUAAGAAACAGCUGAUGAAAGUUAAGCUGAAACUAAAUUCGCUGAGAGAGUAGCCUAAUUAGAAAAAGAAUUUGCUGAAUUCUAAAGAGCUGUCCUCAUAAAGAAUUCUGAAAUUGCUGCUAAUGAAUGUAAAAAAUUUAUAUUAAUUUUUAUAGAAAAAUUAGGAGAAACCAUCGUUUAUGUUGGAUAAAGAAAAGAUGACAGAGCCACUCUUUAAGCUUAAUUAUAAGCUGAAAAUGAUAACUAUGCUUCUGAAACCGAUCUCUACAACAGAACUGUUGCAGAAUAUAACAAAGAAAUCGAGAUCAGUAAGCAAGCUCUUGGUUUAUUAACCUAACCAAGCUUUGAAUAAUAUGUCAAAUCUAAAGUUGGAAUUUGAUCCAUAUUGGCACAUUCAAAUAAUAUAUUAACAAUCAUU